UGUACAUCUAUAGUCGUCGUGUCCUCAUUCAGCCGUGCAGCCAGUGGCGGUGGACCGGAGAUCUCCCUCCGCUCCAGCUCCGAUUGAUGAUCCCCCCACCCAACUUCUUCCGCCAAGUGUUACUCGGGUGUUCCCUCCCCUCCCCUGUGGCCUGAGAGCUGUGCUGCAGAGCCCAAGAGAAGUCGUUGGUGCAGACAGCCUUGGAUUGGAUGUGGAAUGAGGCGAUGGCAUCUGACGGAUCAUCAUCCUCUACCUUCCGGGGGUUGUACGGCAACGUCCACGGCCCGGCGGUGCUCACUGGCGCGCCGUUCGCGCUCGUGGCGCUCCUCAUCUCGCUCUGGCUCAUCCUGCAGCACCUCAGAUCCUACAGCGAUCCAGCUGAACAGAAGUGGAUCAUAGCUGUGCUGUUCAUGGUGCCUGUUUAUGCCUGCGAAUCGAUAAUCUCACUGUGGAACUCGAAGCUCUCUCUGGCCUGUGAUAUAUUACGGAAUUGUUACGAAGCCUUUGCUCUGUACGCCUUCGGACGAUACUUGGUGGCUUGCCUUGAAGUGUGAAGAGAUAUGCAGAAACGGUCUGUGGAUUCCAUCAUUUCGAGUUGAAUAGCAAGCGGAGGAUAUAUAUGUACACGACACAUGAAACCGGAGGAAGCCCCCGUUCCUGCCCGUUUUGCAUCAGAUUCAGCAGGGACGAUGCGGAGCAUAUUUCGCAAAAAAGGGAUCGGAUGAUGAAGGCCGCGAAGAAAAAGGGGAGAGGGAUGGAGACGUGAAAGUGAGAGACACAGUGCCGUCCCUCCUGCUCUCUGAACCCUACUUGUAAAAAUGCUAAUCUAUAUAUAUGUCGUAGAGCUAAACAUUUAGCUAGCGCAGGAUAACCACGAACCUCGCUCGAGACAGCUCUAGAAAAGAGAGAAAAUAAAGUUGGGCAAAAUUUGUCUCGUAUAGCAAACGUCAUUCUCUCCCAAAUUUAGCCUAGUGCCACACAGAGCAUAUAUGCAUGCAUGUCUCCGAUUCCUAUCAGUAGAACUGUAGAGCCUGACGCUAGCUGGAGCUUAACGCUAGCCAAGCACUGAGGUGAACAUGUGGCCAGAUCACAUCAGAUUCUAUAAAGCGUAUAAGCAGAAGAAGCUUCUAGCUAGCUAGUUUCAAUUGGCUCUACGUACACGUUGCCGUUGUCGAAAUGUGAUCCGCGAGCCCUCCCCACCACACAGGUUUUCGACGUCACCUGACGUGAACUGGUCCGCUGGCACACGUACUAGUACUAGUCCCAUGCACCUGCAAAAGACGCGAACACGAGACCUUCUCCAGCAGCCCAACAAGCUAGCAACGGCUGCGUGUGGCUGGCCGCCAGCAGCUAGCGGCCGAAUGGCCCGAAUGGGCGCGGCGCGCGCUGC